AUGAUCUAUAUAUCAGAAGGUUUAAAAAAUGAGGAGCCUCUUGUGGACAAUGAAGGCAGUAGCAUUGAAGAGAGCAUAAUACGUUCAAAGGGCACGGAGCCAACGAGCUUUGCAAUGAUGAUUAAUAUGGGAGAUGUCGUUGGACGAGGAGGAAAGUUGAAUGGAAUAUCGUUUGUUGGAUGCAUGGGCCUCUUAAGUGCCAUCCUCUCGGGCGAUCCGCAGCUACAAGUUCCGAAGCAAAAAAUAGAACUGCAACUUCAUUCGUCGGCUGGCGUGACAGACGGCUGUGUGGAUGGCUGUCAGACGAUGAGGAAGUUAUGUUACAAUGGCGGAGUCUGCGUCAACAUGUACACGCACUUGCAUUGUGACUGUGGACUGACUCACUAUGUCGGAGAAUUCUGCCAACAUUUAGAAAGUGGAUUUGAUAAUGACUUUGAGUUGAGUAGUCUGUCGAAAAAUCAUGAAGCAGUGACUCUGAAAGGUGACAGAUUUUUACUGGUCAACGUUGAAGGGUUCGAGCAUCAAUUGUACAAUUUGCAGCAAAGCAUGCUUUCUUUCUUUUUCAAGGGUUGCGAAUUAAGCGCCAGCACAAAUUUGCGCCAGAAAAAAACGAGAGAGUAUUUCUGCACCUUCAACACCUGUGCCUCUGGCUCGCCGACGUCUGAUUACAACGCUGAGCUGCUGGGCUACGUGAGCAAGAAGGACGGGAGUAGAUUGAGACUGUCGCUCUUCAACGCUUCCAUCCACCUCUCAUUAAUUUAUGACAACAAGAAGUUCUACAAUGAACUUAUCCUGACAGCUGCCAGCAACUUGAAUGACAACAGAUGGCACCGAGUGACCAUGACCACCAGCAUGUCCGGAGAACUCAUAAACAUCUCUGUUGACGGACACGUUGAACGCAUGCCGCUCGGAGCUGGAGAGGAGGGAGAGGAUGAGGUGGAAGAGGAAGAUGACGAUGAUGGUGGUGAAAAUGAUGAUGGCGGUGAUGUUGAGAGUGAGGGUGACGAUGGUGGUGGUGGGGAUGAUGAUGACGUUGACUACAAGAAGAUGCGACAUCAUGUCCUACAGUGGCCAAAAUUUAUUUAUUUCGGAAAUACGGAGAGUGGCAGUAGAUCGGCCAGCAGUGUCAGUCUGAAAACCAUCUACAUUAACGGCCUCUCCGUCUUGAACUCCAACCAAAAAAAAUUCUGCUCCUUUCAACCAACGUCGCAAGCCUCAUCCACAACAACAUCGUCAUCUGAAUUGAGGUCUCGCCAGUUCCAAACAGGCACAUCUUCAACUUUUAAACCAUCACAAUCUUUGUUGGGUGAUGCAAAAUUAAAAAAAUCCAUUUUAACAAAUAUAUUCUUAGAUGACGUAGAUAAUAUCAAUCUUAGAAACAGUUCGAAGAGCAGCCGUAUGAUGAAAUUAGUAACGUCAAGGGUCAACCACACAGCCAGUCAAACGAACUCACCUACAAAAGCCCAGCUGGGUGAACAAACAUUCCACGAAAAUGUCUCGAGCACCAAUGGAGCAAAUGAAACCCCAUUAAGAAGUAAGAUCCGAACCCCAUCCGAACAAACACAUCUUAAUCAAAAUUUGAUGAGUGAUGAUCCAAGUUGGAUUGGUGACAUUAAUUCUAUGAAUGGCGAACCUGAUGAUGAUCAUUAUAAACAUUACGUGGCUGAAGACUUUGGUGAAAGCAUUGAAAUUAAAUGUCACAAACCGAACAACACCGCUGACAACAACAACAACAACAGCCACAACAACAAUAACAACAACACUGAUCACGAAACUAAAAAUUCGAGUAAAGAAAGAAAAGAAAAUGUUUUCCAAAAAGAAAGCAAUGAGGAUGAGUACGGAGCGGUCGUCGAGAUGUUGAUGGCCGAUUCGGAACUUGUUUGUCGCCAGCACAAGUGCGCCCCCGGUGGCAGGGACGAUGGCGAGCACGUUAAUAUCAGUGGUUAG